AGACGGUAUAUUUCGGUCCCCUCGGGAAAGGGAAGGAGGUCUGGAGAGCUGCAGCCUCUCUUUUCUUCCCCCCAACGCCCCCCUACGCCUCUCAGGUGGACCCUAAAAAGGGCCCCCCGUGGGAUGGCCUAAACUGCUCCUGGAAUGAGGGGGGCUUUCCUUCCGGACCCCAAUUCGUAGUCCUCCCCUGUCUCCUAGCAACUCAGUUUGCUCCUCCCUUGAACUGUUUCUGGCUAAAAGGUCGUGCGACCCCCCCCCCCAUCUUUUUUUUUCUUUUCUUUUUUAAUUCUUAUUCCACCGCCUCCAACCAGGGAAGGAAUGUCAAUAUUCAUUGAUUUCGGUCUCUCUCGACUCAUUGUUUUUAAUUGCCCCUCAUCUUUACCUAGCUGCUUUUUAAUGUUUUCGCGUGUUGAGGGCUUUGGCAUGCUGAAAGGUCCUGCAAAGGGUGCUGCGCUUCUUGUGUGGGUGAGGGCAUUUGUGACAAGGAACGGGAGGGGUGAAGCAUGAACGCAGAAGCAGAGGACCACGGUCAUUAAAACUGUCAUUGCUACUGUGUUGCGAUUGUAUCUCCUAGCUAUUGUAUCCUAUUAAAGAUUGCUGUUGUUUUCUUGGUACAACUAUACUUUAUUCCAUUCUAAUUAUUUGGGGUAUAUUUUCUAUUGCUUCCCUUCUUUAUUUCUUAGUUCAUACAAGAAAGGGAUAGUCUGUGCAGGGAGUAUGCAAAUAAUGUUGAAUUUUGUGCCCAUUUAAAUGUAUUUUGGAGCAGUGGUGUCCAAUCAUUUACCUAAGGUGGACUCUCUAGAUUAGUAUUAUCCAAUCUUGUUUUUUAUCCAAUGCAUGCUCUGAAACUCCCAAGGAAAUUCCUUGCCUGCAAGGAGUGUGAUCGAAGUGAUAGAUUAAACAAAAACACAGCAAAUGAGAAAAAACCCCAAAGAAUGAAAUGCUAAAGCAUUUGUUAUCACCUUAAAUUAUGAAUGUCUAAAGGCUCAGUUACAAAGACUAUAGAUAGAAGAUAUGGGAUCCAAAAUAAUAUCUGCCCCUUACGUUUGGGCAGCAUCGUUCAGAAUUAACCACCUUUUGAGUAUCCCACGUCAGCCAGAUUCAUUGGUCUUCAACUGGAGUGGACACCCCUGUACAAUAUGAAUGACUUCACAACCUCUCCCACCUCAAAAGGGUUGCUCCACCUGCAACUGGAGCCGACAUGGAGAAAAGUGGGAACAUUCAGCUGGAGAUUCCUGACUUCAGCAAUUCUGUCCUGAGCCACCUCAACCAGCUGCGCAUGCAGGGCCGGCUAUGUGAUAUUAUAGUCAAUGUGCAGGGCCAAGCAUUCAGGGCACACAAAGUAGUACUGGCUGCCAGUUCACCUUACUUCCGGGACCACAUGUCGCUCAACGAGAUGAGUACGGUUUCCAUCUCUGUCAUCAAAAAUCCCACUGUUUUUGAGCAACUCCUCUCUUUUUGCUACACGGGCCGGAUAUGCCUCCAGUUGGCUGAUAUCAUAAGCUACCUGACUGCAGCCAGUUUCCUGCAGAUGCAACAUGUUAUAGACAAGUGCACACAGAUCUUGGAGGGCAUUCAUUUCAAAAUUAAUGUAGCUGGCGUUGAAGCAGAAUUGAGCCAAACAAGGGCCAAGCAUCAAGAACGGCCUCCAGAAUCUCACCGGGCUUCCCCAUCUCUGAAUCGCUCUGUGAGUCCACACCACAGCACCCCAAAAGGAAGCCGCAUGGGCCAGGUCAGCACUGUGCUGGACAUUCGGGAACUUAGUCCUCCUGAGGAGUCUACAAGCCCUCAGAUAAUUGAGCAGAGCUCAGAUGUGGAGAGCAGGGAGCCCAUACUGAGGAUUAAUAGGGCAGGUCAGUGGUAUGUGGAGACGGGAGUGGCAGACCAUGGUGGGCAGGGGGACGAUGACGUCAAAGUUCUCGGAGCAGUACGAAUCAAAACGGAGAACCUGGAGGAGUGGCUGGGGACAGAAAAUCAGCCAUCUGGAGAAGAUGGGAGCAGUGCUGAGGAGGUCACUGCCAUGGUGAUUGAUACCACAGGCCAUGGAUCAAUGGGACAGGAAAGUUACACAUUAGGCUCAUCAGGAGCAAAAGUGGCCAGGCCAACCAGCACAGAGAUUGACAGAUUUAGCCCUUCUGGUAGUGUGGUUACUGUAAAUGAGCGGUACAGGUCAAAAAGUGAAUCUCCAUGGCGGGUGGAUGAACCCAAGCAACCCAGUUCCCAGGUGGAGGAGUCUGCUAUAGUUGGAGUGAGUGGCUAUGUUGAAUAUCUCCGUGAACAGGAAGUAUCUGAGAGGUGGUUUCGCUACAACCCACGUCUCACUUGCAUCUAUUGCGCCAAAUCCUUCAAUCAGAAGGGCAGCCUGGACCGUCACAUGCGGCUCCACAUGGGCAUCACGCCCUUUGUUUGCCGUAUGUGCGGCAAGAAGUAUACUCGCAAGGAUCAGUUGGAGUACCAUAUCCGCAAACACACGGGAAACAAACCCUUUCACUGCCAUGUCUGCGGGAAGAGUUUCCCCUUCCAGGCCAUCCUCAACCAGCACUUUCGCAAGAAUCACCCUGGCUGCAUGCCUCUGGAGGGGCCGCACAGCAUCUCCCCAGAGACCACCGUUACGUCAAGAGGGCAGGCUGAGGAGGAAUCUCCUCUUCGGGAAGAAGCCAAUAUGGCAGGCGAGACAGCACAGGGAUCUGUGUCCACCACUGGGCCAGACUGAAGAGGAAUGCAAAAUGGGUGAGAGGGAUCCUUUCAGUCCGUAAGCAAAUCCCAUUGAGAUGGUGAGCUUGAGCUCUCAUUUGUGCAAUGUCGCCGCUGGACAAAGAAGCUCCCAAGAUGUUGCCAAAAUAGAAAUGAUAUGAAAACAAAGUGCUAAAAGCUCACCUCCUUUUCCUCAUCUCCUUUUGAGGGGACGAGACAAAAACUGGGUCAACUAACCUCCGAUUCAGGGAUUGACAGCUUUUUUGGGGGGUGGGGAGAAGCUUUUUUAAAAAAUGUAUCCAGUAGUGAUCAAGGAAUGACAGCUUUUUGAUUUUCUUGGCAUCAGACCCUGUGGUCCUGUGGGCUGUAGAGGUCUAGCUGUGGUGAGUGCAGAGCACCAAUAUCUGUAUUCAUCACAGUAGUUGUGCCACUGAAGAAGUAAUGGGGACAAUAACUAGUUCUCCCUUUCUCUUUCCCCCUCCCCCUCACAAAAUAAUCUUCCAGGUAAUUAUUUUUGAGAAGAAUGGUUGUCCUGGUUGAACCUAACUUGGCUGAGUGUAUUUUAUCUCAUUUUAUUUUGGUGUGUCUUUUUAAAAUUGACCCAUUACUUUAAGGGCUUUUUGUUUUGUUUCUUGACUUGCCCAUUCUAGGUGUGUGGUCUUGCCUCUUUGUGAUGAGGCAAGUCUCUUUUGAUCAGUAUUUUAGAGGUGACACAAUAUUUACGGUAAUUAAGUAAGCUACCGAAAAAGACGGUAGUAGCUGUGAAGCUCUGCCAUGUUUGGUGGGAGAUAUUUUCAGUUGUGAAAUGUGGAUAAUGCAGAACACUUUGCAAUUCUUGCCCAAUCUCUGGGCUCUGCAAAGACUGAAAAGGUAGGAUGAGGUUUCCUGUCGUGAAUAAUUGUUUAAAUGGCGGCUUUGCCUCAAAGGUCAUAUUUUGCCUCCCUUCUAAUAUAACAGCAAUAUUUGUAUAUCAAAAUAAUCAAAUUCCAUUGGAGGGGAUUAUGGCUUGACUGUCUAAGAAUUGUUCUCUAUUUGGUAUUUUUAUAUUAAAAAUGCAAAAAAAUGCAUUAGUAAUAAUUCAGAAAGUUCACUUUCCAGUUUUCUACAAGCAGUGAUAGCUCUUCCUUGAGCCUUUGUAGUAUUUUUCACAUGAGUUUACUGAGAAGAUAGCAGUGCCGCUGCCAAACCCAGCAAAUACGCACUUGUCUCAUGUUUCCUAAUAUAUUGCUUGUUAGUGUAAGGAUGCAGGCAUGGGAGGGCAAAUCUCCUGAAGUUUUGUCUGAGACUUGCAAAAUAAGCAGCAGUUCAAGCUCUGCUUUAGUGUUGUGUUGUAUUGAUGUACAAAAGAAGCUGGUAUCAUGCCAAGAAGAUGAUGUGAAUCUCAAGAAAAUAGCUGAUAAGAUGAAAAAGCCAGCUAAUUGGGGAAGGUAUCAAAAUGGGGAGGGGAGAAAUCAUGCUAUCAUAAUGGGAAGGGAGAGAUGGCCUUGUGGUAAACAAGCUUGUGCUUUGUACUAAUAAUGGGCCUUCUUGUAAAAAUGAGGAUAUUUUCUUAAUUCAUGUUUUGGUUGAAAGAAUGAAUGAAAGCAGAAAACUUCUUUAACCCCCCCCCCUCCUCCUUUUCAUUGUUUGGUGUUAACUGAGAAAUUCAUUCUACUCCCCACCUCACAGCACCAAGGAUGCACUUCUCUGUAAGGUGGGGAGUAGAAUGAAUUUCUCUUUGUGGUCAGAAGACAGGAAACCACCAAUAAAGGUCAACUCAUAAAAGCUUUAAAGAGUUGGAUGAAACCCUCCCAAACUCACACACAUACACUCUCUCAUUUGGACUGAAGCAGGGAGGGUAAUAGAGAGAUACAAAUAUAUAUGCUGCUUUAGUUAUAGCUUUCGAUUUUACCAAAAAGUGUAAAAUUACACUCAAGAGCAUUGGGAAAUAUUUCUAGUUACUUAUACAAAGAUUUUAAGCAUUUAAAAAUAGAACUUUAAAAAUAUUACCAAACUGUAAGGCAUACAUUUAUUUAUCUACACAUAUGUUAUAUAUAGUUAUAAUGGGGAUGUUUAUCUGCUGAGCUGGUGAUGGUGUAGGUGAUAGCUAUACAGAAGAAUUUUCUCAAAAGCAGAAUUGCAGCAAAAUCCAUCCACGUUUAGGUGGCAAAGAGUUGAAGUGGAAUAUUGAAUGUGGUAUUCAUGGAGCUGUGAGUUUCUUGAACAAGUUGUUAUUGUACUGAUACUGUGAACUGAGGAGCAGCCAAGAAAUCCGGGUUCAUGCAGCAAUUCUUUGCUUGCUGGUAAGACUCCUCUCUGUUUAGCCUGGCCAGAGUCAAUAAGCACUUCUUACAUUUUAGCCUAGGCUUAGUUUUAGAAGAAAAAUAAAGCUUGUGAAAGGUUUUUUUUUAACUUGCCACUGUAGAAAUUAAUCAUUUCUAAUUGCAUGCGAAGGAGCCAAUAUUCUUGCCCAGAUCUCACUGAAGGGAGGUUUACUGCUUGUAGCUAUAGUUCCUGACCUCAUUUAGAUGUAACAAUACAUCUUCAUUUGGUAUUAUGAGUUAAAGUCUGCAUAAGCCUUGAGUUUCCACAUUCUCUCCCACCCAUCUUUUGAUGCAGCCACAAUGAGUUCACAAGUUGUCCUGUUUCAGAUUAGCUUGGAGACUGACCUGUUGUCUAAACACAAACUGAUGAAUCUUAAGUAUGAUUUGUUCAUACAGGUUGACUUCAAACCAUAGUCUAUGAAGUUGUAUUGCUUCAGUGAACGAUGGUUAAGAUUAAUCACAAUUUAAACUUUAGAUGAUAUGAAAAAGGUCAGGUUAUCUAAAACAGAACCUUCUAGUUUUCUUUCAGCUGCAUUGAAGGAGGAGAGGGGAGAAGGAAGUAUGGGAGCGCAAGGCUUUCUGUAUUUCAUUCUUGUAACGCUAGGUCACAAUUUAACAUUAUAUCCAAACAGCAACUGUAAGGAAUAGAACCAGGGAUCAUUAUCUUGUGUGUGCAUAUGUGUACAAAGGACUUGGGGGAUCUAGACCUCUGGCUGUCAGAUACUCUCUUAGCAAAAUUUAAUCGUUGCCAAAAAAUCCUGAGAUUUUUGUUAUUCAAAGAGCAAGUUUCUAGCCCUGAUUCUAAGAGAGAUUCCUGUUUGUAGUUCCCAUUAAUAAUUUUGGAGCUAGAGGGAGGAGCUGUUCUUCCAGUAUUCUAGAGGAUCUUGAUAGUACAGUGCACUUUUAUCUGUGUGUCACCUUCUUUUUCUUUGUGUGGCAGAAUAAAUGAGAAUGAAAAGAAACAGAAAUCCUGCAGGAAAAAAUGCAUUUAAAUUGUACAUCCAAAUAAAACAUACACAUUACUUGAAUGUAUUCAAACAGCUGUGAUUUGCAUGAUUCCAGUCAGGCCUGACAAAAGUACAUGCCCUCCUAGAGCAGCUGCCAGUCCCUAGCUGGGCCCACUCCCAGGUGUGCUUUGGAACCCAGCCACCCCUUUAAAAGAGUGGCUGAGUCUGGGAGCUGCCAUGUAAAUUUCUCAAAGGGCCCCAAUGUAGAGUUACUCUGGGGCAUUGUGUCAUCUGGUACUGAUCCAGACCUACAGUUGCCUACAGCUGCCACCGUGGCCAGGUAAGGGAAGCUCCCACUGGAAAGCAUUUUUACUAAGAGUUCCCUCAAACAUGGAACUGGCCUCGAUUCCAGUUACUGAGUAUUUAAAAAUUGCAGGUGCUUUUGUCUGAGGUUCAAAACCUGAGAUGGAAAGGCAGGUGCCUGGCAGACCAGAGCCAAUUGAUGACUAAAGAUGAAUGUUUCCCAGCCAGUUAGGAUAAGAAUUUGGCUUUGCUUGGUGGCUCAGGGUAGAUUCUGCUGGAUAUGAGGGUGGUCAGAGCAAAUAACAAAAUCUCUUCAAGCCAUACAGAAAAUAGCCUGCCGACUUCCUUGUCUCUACCCUGCAAUUUUAUCCUUCCCCCUGGAUACCCUGAAUUCAGAACCUGAGACUUGAGUCAGUUCUUUUUUCCUGAAGUUGGUUCUUUUUCUUUCUAGACUGCAAAUGACCAAGGGUUGUAACCAGCGUUAGCCCUACUCAGACUAGACCCAUUGAAAUUAAAAGACAUGAGUAAUUUAGGCCCAUUCUUUUAUGUUGGUUUGCUCUGAGUAAAACUUAGUUGGAUACAGCCCUAACACAUGUAUGUGUGGGCUGGUGGGUGCAUAACACAUUUUGUGGGCUCAUUUGCAAGGCUGGUUUUGUUGCCCAAACACAGCUUUUAGCAUCUUCAUGCUUUGCGUAGCAAUAUUCAUUCCUGUGUAUUACUAGUGAUUUUCAAAAGAAAGUAGCAAAUGUCAGUGAUAGGCUUACGUAUAACUGAAAGAAAACCAUGUGCCAAUACUAACCCUUUAACAACCUCUUCACUGCAGAACAAUUGCUUAUACAGCACAAGAGUUACCAUGCUCACUACUAUAACCUCAGCCUCGACUCUGCUAAUGACCUGUGCCAUCAGUAGCAUUAGCCUAGUCAGGCACAGUGCUCUUAGGAAGACUAAGGGAUGACUAUACUGUGAUCUCAGCCACAGAGAAGGCAAAUGUAGGCUUUUGUUUAGAUUCUAAAAUACAGAUGAUCAGGCAAUCUGCUUUUCUGUUUGGUGCAGCUACACGUUUUUACCCUUGCAAAACUGAUUUCAACUGUGAUUCAAAGGGGAAGGGAAGUGAAACCCUUUCACAUCUUCAUACCUCAUUAUUUAAUGGCCCACAUCCAGGUAGAAUUUAGUUGUAGUGAAUAACUUGUCUCAUUCUUUUCCAUGGGACUUAGUAAAAACUAAUAUUACCUGGAUUCGGCCAGUUUCCCCCACUUCUGUUCCAGAAAAGGCCAAGAAAACUUGAUUGCUUGCCUUUGGCAAUUGUCUCUAGAGGGGAAAGAUAGGUUUCAUAGCUCUGUGCUCGCAAAACAGUUAAAUAAAGUAAUAAUAAACUUCAAAAUGUGAAACAUUGCAGUUAUCUCCCCGAGCGUGCUGCUAUGUGUUUGUCUUGCCAAAAGCAAUAGAGUGACUUUGAUGUAAAUCUGAACCAUAUCACUGCUGAACUGGGAAACAAAUAUGUGUAUAGUUGAGAACAAUGAUAUGAAAUGUAGAUUAUAAUUCUAUGUAUUCUUACCUUUGAGUAAGCAUCACUGAACUUAGUUGGGGUUGCUGAUUAAACAUAUAUAGGAUUGGAUUGCGAUGGUGGUCUCCAGCAUUCCAGUUCCGCUAGCAUUUCCAUUUGCAGAGCUGAACUUUCCCUUCCUCUCUUCUCCCCUGCAGCCCCCCCAUGCUGUCUCAAAAUCAGCUCUGGGGGUGGGCACACUGGGAGGAGAGGAAGGGAACAUCCCAUUGUGCAAGCAGAGAUCUGCUUGCUGAGCUUUGGAUACAACCCUGAGUUUGAUCAGAUGAGACAAACUGAAAAAACUGGCACUUUCCCAGCAUUCAGAAUUUUCCUGCAAUUUCUAGUGGAAAUAUGUGCCCAUUUUCAUUUCUUAAAGCACCUUGGGAUUGUGUACUUUACUACUUUGGAGUGUCAGGUGCAUUUUUCAUAGCAUACCUUAGAGGUGACGGUGGGUUUAUACUUCAGUGCCUCUCUGUGUGUUGUCAUAAAGUGGCUUGAAGAUUUAUUGUAACAAUGGUCUUAAUCCAGAUUAAUCCCCCCAUUGUGUGCACACAUACGUAAAACAGCAAGUAUAUUCAGGGCAAUGCCUGUUAAAUAUGAAUUUUAAAAUAUUCCAAGUUACCCCACAGAAACAUAGGUGGUUAGGAUCAGUUAUAUGUUUCUGUGGAAGUUACAGACCAUUUGGGAUAUUAGUCCAGUGUUAGAUGCUUCAAGUUAUUACCAUGAAAUGGAAACAUGGUAAAAUAAAUUCCUCUUGAAGAUGGAGCAAUUGUGUAAAUUCUGCUUUGGUGCUUUUAAAUAAAUGCUAGAGUUUGUUAAAAGAGGGGUAGGGAUUGUGUGGUACAAUUGUGCAAUUUGCUGCUUGCUUGUUCACUGACUGCAACUAGCAAUUGUUGGUGGACAGAUGUAGAGUCAGUUAACUGAAUGGACGUAGACAGACACUGUGCCAUGCGGCACUGCCUUUCUUGGCUCUUCAAAGUCAUGUUCGGCAGAGUGAAUGGCUGUUUGCAGCAGUCUCUAACCUGGGGAUUAAAGCACCAUGCUGUGUUGGUUGUCCAUGGAGCUGGUUUACUCUGCACUCUGUUUCUGGGUUGGAAAUGGCAACAGAGCCCCACUGACUAUAUAUGGGGGCAAGACAGAGCUCUGCUGACAUGUGUUAGAAAUUCAGAUCUGUUGGCUUUGCGUGUGACUUUCAGUCUCUCUCCUUUAAAAAGCUGGUAGCCAACCAGGUGUAUUCCAGGUGUGGUUGGACUGCAGUUCCCAUAGUCCCUGAUAACUGGCUGGGCUGACUGGGGCCGAUGGAGACCAAUACCAUUUUGUGGGCCACAGAUUCCACAUCUUUCCCCUAGGCAAUAAGCCUGCCCACAGCUGGGCUGCCUUUCUAAGUUACCUGCUUUGGCUUUAAGCAGCUGGUACAGGCAAGUAGCAUUAUGGAGCAGAAAAUGAAAUAAAAAGCCAGCCAACAGAACUGGCUAUAUUUAUAGCAAGAUGCCAUGGUUGUUGCUAUGUUGUUCCUGAGGAAUGAGGGAUGCUUAGCCCAGCUUUCAACAUGAGCAGGGGUAACUUUAUUCCUUUGAUAUUGGAAAAUGCUAUCUAAAACAGUUGGGAACCCUUCUUUCUUUGCAUAUGGAACUUUCCUGGGAACAAAGCUGCCUUUGCUGGUGCUGAGCUCAGUGUGCAAACUAAAAACCCUGUGCGAGCCUUAAGAAUUGCAGGAAAAGAGCAAAAGUAUUGACCAGUGUGUUUGUUUUUCAGUAACAAAGACUUCUUUGUUGUAGUAUGCACACAUUUUAAAGAUAAUUCUUGCCAAGAAUUUUAAGUUUUUAAGCAUUAUUUAUCUUGUAGUGGGGUUUUAUUUUUCUGUUUUUAGGUGCAGAUUCUGUGUUUCAGUAUAACAUCAAUGGAACUGCUAUGCCCAGUUAAAAACAGCAACAACCCAGAAUCUGGCCAGAUUCAAACAGGUUCCAUGUUCUGGCCAGGCAAAACUUGCUCACUCUUAAAAAAAUUAAUACUGUCCAUGAUUUGGCACAAGAUUGCACCAGCUGUGCAUAUUGAACAAAAUUUAGCUGUUUGAUUCAAUUAAAGAAAAAAACCAAGUUAGUUUAAGUGGAAUUUAAAAGCUUUGGGGUCAUAGAUGGGAAGGAUAGAAAGACCCAAAGUUUGAUUGGGAACCAUUAAUAGGGAACGAUUGAUUUUCCAGAUUGUGACUUGGUAGACUGUGGAUUAUUGAAAAAAUAGCUGGAACUGGUUGCUUUAGUAUUACUGGGUUAAAAUCUAGUCUAUUUGAAAAUUGUUUCUUAUAUUACAUAUUGUGGCUACAGCAUAACUCCCAGGAGAUACUGUCAUAUCUACAUAGAUGAAUCAGUGUUACGCAGUUCAGGGACCUGCUAUAGAUCAGAUACCUGAAUCAUGAGUCUGUUAGAGGAAAAUCAGUAAUAUAGUUGGGACUAGUUGGUAUGUUUGCACUUGAUAAAAUGAAAUCUUGCACCUAUAAACUUAUGCUAAUAAAUGACUUUAUGCAAAUUAGACUAAUUUAUGUACAUUAUUUAACAUUAUGCUUACAUUUUGAAUAUGAUUAGCUCUUUAAAAUAAAAGCACAGUUACGAAAAUUUGUCGAACACAUUAUA